GUAUAGGUGAGUCAUAAGUCAUAAACCCAGAUUUAAUUUGCACUCUCUCUUUCUCGACUUCCAUUCUCGUCUCAAAGUCCUCCGCAGAUUCGAAAAUCUCAGAUGGAUUCAUAUGACGACGUUUAAACCUGACACCAAAUCGAACCCUUUCCUUGUCCGAAAAUCCUUUUUCGAGAUCUAAAUCUGUUACCCUCAAUUAGGAAUAAACACCAAUUUCCCUUUUUUUUUUCUUCAAUUUACAAUCCUCAGGUUUCUUCAUUCAGAUCCGACGAAGCGAUGUUCUCCUCCGUCCGAUCCUUCUGCAUCUUCGUCUUCUUCUUCGCGUUCCUCGUCUCUUCCUCACUCGGCAAGUAUCAAGACGAUGAGGCGGUCACUCUAUGGGUGAAUAAGGUUGGCCCAUAUAACAAUCCCCAAGAGACCUACAACUAUUACAGCCUCCCAUUUUGCCACCUACCUGGCAACGCUCCUCACAAGUGGGGUGGUCUCGGUGAGGUUCUUGGAGGGAAUGAGCUCAUUGAUAGCCAAAUUGAUAUAAAAUUCAAGAGAGACGUGGAGAAGUCUUCAAUUUGUGAUAUUGAAUUGGAUGCAGUAAAGGCUAAACAUUUCAAGGAUGCAAUUGACAAUUCAUACUGGUUUGAAUUUUUUAUGGAUGACCUGCCACUGUGGGGUUUUAUUGGUGAGGUUCUUCCUGAUAGAAACCGUGAUCAUAAGCAUGUGCUCUUUACACACAAGAAUCUUGUCAUCAACUAUAAUCAGGACCAGAUUAUUCAUGUAAAUCUUACCCAAGAAAAUCCUAAGGCACUUGAUGAGGGGCGAACAUUGGAUAUGACUUACUCUGUCAAAUGGGUUCCAACUAACAUCACGUUUGCACGUCGUUUUGAUGUUUAUCUGGAUUACCCAUUUUUUGAGCACCAGAUCCACUGGUUCUCUGUCUUUAAUUCGUUCAUGAUGGUAAUUUUCCUUACUGGUUUGGUCUCUAUGAUAUUAAUGCGCACCCUCCGGAACGACUAUGCAAAGUAUGCUAGGGAGGAUGAUGAUCUUGAGACUCUGGAACGGGAUGUAAGUGAAGAAUCCGGUUGGAAGCUUGUCCAUGGUGAUGUGUUUCGUCCCCCUCAAAAUUUGGCUCUACUAACAGCUGUUGUUGGCACUGGCGCUCAACUAUCGACACUUGUUCUGCUCGUCAUCAUUCUAGCAAUUGUUGGGAUGCUGUACAUAGGGAGAGGAGCAAUUGUGACUACCUUUAUCGUAUGCUAUGCUUUUACCUCAUUCAUAGCUGGUUAUGUGAGCGGUGGCAUGUAUUCCCGCCAUGGGGGUAAGAAGUGGAUAAAGUCAAUGAUCCUCACAGCAUCACUUUUCCCAUUCUUGUGCUUUGGCAUUGGCUUCGUCUUGAACACAGUUGCAAUAUUCUAUGGUUCUCUGGCUGCCAUUCCCUUUGGUACCAUGGUGGUUGUUUUUGUGAUAUGGGCCUUCAUUUCAUUCCCCUUGGCUCUUCUUGGUACUGUUGUCGGGAGAAACUGGAGUGGUGCACCAAACAAUCCUUGCCGAGUGAAGACCAUCCCUCGUCCUAUUCCGGAGAAGAAAUGGUAUCUAACACCAUCCAUUAUAUCUCUCAUGGGGGGAUUGCUUCCUUUUGGAAGCAUUUUUAUCGAAAUGUACUUUGUCUUCACUUCCUUCUGGAAUUACAAGGUGUACUACGUGUACGGGUUCAUGCUUCUUGUGUUUGUAAUUCUGAUAAUUGUGACCAUUUGUGUGACAAUUGUGGGGACGUAUUUCUUGUUGAAUGCUGAGAACUAUCAUUGGCAGUGGACAUCAUUCUUCUCAGCGGCUUCAACUGCUCUAUAUGUGUACUUGUAUUCGAUAUAUUACUAUCAUGUGAAGACUAAGAUGUCAGGCUUCUUCCAGACCAGCUUUUAUUUUGGAUACACGUUGAUGUUCUGUCUUGGAUUGGGAAUAUUGUGCGGUGCGGUUGGAUAUCUGGGGUCCAACUUGUUUGUGAGGAGAAUUUACAGGAACAUCAAAUGUGACUAAAUUGAAGAAUAUAUAGAGAGAGAAUGCUUGCUUGGGUUUGAUUGUUGCAUGAUAAGUUAAUAUGCCAAUGGGGAGAUGAGAAAGAAUAGAACCCUGCUGCAGCAGCCUCUCCGGAAAAAAAACUUUUAAUUUUUUUUUGUAGCAAAUGAAAUGAAUAUGUUACAAGUUGGUGGUUGGAACUUGGAUAGAUAUAGACUUUUAUUUUACCAUCCGAAUCUUUGUAGCUUGUAUUAUAUCUUUGCCUCUUAUUAAUUACUUACACUCUCUGCUUUCAUU